AUGUUUGCUGCAUGUCCCAACGAUCAGCCACCGUCGCUGUCGCUGCGACCACCUUCGUGUGGUACCUGCAUGAACAAUACCAUCAGCUUUGAAGCAGGAGACGAUGAAGAUGAAAUUUCUUCCUUUAUUGGUGACAUUGUAGAACCUCUCCUGAACAACAGCAACAACAAUCGGGCACCUUUGCCGUUGCAUCUGCCAGCCCACGUGGACGUCAUCCCCAAUGAUUUGGAAUCUCUUCCUCAGAGCAGCAUCGCCGAACCAGACAACAACAACAACAAUAAUAAUAAUACUAGCGUUACCGUGAGUAUAUCCCAGGUGACGCUGUUCCCAUCCAGCAAGCUCAAGCAAUCUGCCCAUGAAUGGGACGUGCCACACUCGGAAUGUCUCCUCUUGUCCACCUUUGGAAUGUGCUUGGACGAAGAUCAAAUGCUCAGUUUUGCCGCUCUCUAUCAAGAUCAGCAAAGUCCGAAACCAUACAACCCUCCCCCGGUGACUUGGUCACAACCUGUCAUUAUUGUGUCUCCAGAAGACGAGGAUGACAAGGAGGAGGAUGAUAAUAACCAAGACGAAAAAGAGGACUACGAUGAUCGCUGUCAUUCUCCUUGCAGUGACGCAAGCCGAAAGAGUGUGACGUUCCAAGAGGAUGUCGAGUUUGCCAAUCAUCAUGAUGAUAACCACAACCACAACAACAACCACAACAGACAUCGAAAGAAAAAGAAACGAUCAUCCAAAUCAAACAACCUCAUGCGCAUGAUUCUACUCCAUGGCCGGGUGGCCCGUGCAUUAGGGAUCAAACAUGGCGAUUGUGUCACGGUACAAUUGGAAGGACAAGCCAAACGUCAGGUGGUCAGGGCAUCCGUAGAUGACCGGGCUAGUUUCAAUGUGGUCAUGGAAGCAGAUUGUGCCGAUGUCAUGUCCAGCAGUUACCUCAAAACAGUCCAGCACCAAAGACGAGUUCUCUACUUUGAAGGAGCCAUGGGCGUGAGUGAUCCGGCACAAGGAAUAGUGGCGGGAACUGGAUUUUGCAUCUACUCCUGCCGUGAAUCCAGUCUGUGUGAUAUCGAUGACACGGUGAGCAGCGAUGACAUGCCUCCUUCUCAUCGCGGCAGCAGAUCCAGCUCCAAAGGACGCUUGCCAGUCAACAAGACAGAGUUGGUCUCGAGCUAUCGGUAUCUCGGUCGACCCUAUUGCACCAAUCACGCCGAGUACUCGGCUCUGAUUGAAGGAUUGGAGUGGUUGUUCCGAUUCCAAUUCGAUGAAGUCUUUAUUGUAGGCGCUCCGGAAGUGGUUGCUGCCUUGCGCAAGCGUAGAUCGGCCAAGUACAACCGGCGCAGAGGCGUCUAUCAAGACGAAGACGACGAGAGUGACGCGAUACUGGGCAUUUCGCAAAUCCGAAAAGCCAAUGCGAUUGCACAAUCAAUGAUUGAAAAGGCAUCCAACCAAGGCUUGGAGAUUCGGUACAUUGGAGCCCUCGAGGAUGAAAGCUGGGAAGCCGGUGAUCUUGCCGAAAAGGCAAUUGAUGUCGCCCGGAACGAAACGCAAGUGCUUUGGGAGAACAUUCGAGAGGCCAAGCCCAUGCGUCCCAAAUCCUUUCAGAUGGUGGGCAAUAGCAUGUCCUAUUCGGCUGACAGCAUCCUCAAUAUUAAUAAUCCAGCCCCGGAAAAACCAUAUGUCGAGUCAGAUGCCGGCAGCGAGGACUGGUCCCUUUUGAAAGGAGAAGAAGUGCUGGACGAAGAAUUCCAAAUCCCUGCUGCUCUCAUCAAAGAAGAAGAACGCAAGACUGGCAUUGAUGAAUGCUCUGAUGACACUGAAGUUACUGGCCAUCACCUCAAGCCCGAACGAGAAGGCACACAUUUGGCGCCGACUCGUGGAGGAGUGCAAGCGCAACUGCAACAGCAGGAAGAGAAACUUCAACAAGCGGCACGGCAACAGGAGGAGGAAGAGCAACAAGAUGAACACGACGAGGUGCAGCAUCUAGUAGACGAACUAGAGGAACAGCAUGGACACAAGACGGUGCAACAUCUAGUACAUCAACUAGAGCAACAACGUAGACACAAGAAACAUCAAGAUGAACACGACGAGGUGCAACAUCUAGUAGAUGAACUAGAGCAGCAACAUGGACACAAGACGGAGGAGGAACAUCAAGAUGAACACGACGAGGUGCAGCAUCUGGUAGACGAACUUGAGGAGAUAGAAUACAACGACGCACACGAGGUGCAACUAGGCCAAGAACCUGUUCAAGCAGUUGACGCGAAGGAAACCAAAUCAGACGGGGAGGGCAGCAAAUCAGACGACAAUGGUAAAACCAAGCAGCAACGAGGUGGUUCAAGAUGGCGGCAUUUGGCCAAGGCACUUCGUCAUAAACGCAUCAAGAAGAAGAUCUCUUCCAACCAGAGUGUGGCAAGCCAAAGAAGCCAAAACAGCGUUGAAAGUACAUGGAUGGUUUCGUCCAGGACAAAGAUGCCAUCGGCCUCUAUUACGAUAACGCACCAGAGACAAAACACAACUGCGAACCCGGCUGCAGGAGAAGAAAAGUUUGACUACUUGUACGAUGGCGAUGAUGACGAGACCAAGUGCGAAGAAGCUCGCUAUUUUCCAGGGCAGUUCGACCAGUUCGACAUGGCACCACCGUCACCCCCUACGAACGGGAAAGGCGCCUCAAAUCCCAUGUGUUUCUUGCUGGAUUCUGGUUUGCUUCAAAGUGCUCAAGUCGUUGCAGAUGACAUGGCUCGUUUGUUUGGUGGAAGUCCAUACGAGGGCGCGGAAAAGGAAGAGGAAGCCAAAGUUGGAGACCCGGCGCAGUCAUCUGGUUGGAAGACCUCAAUGGCGCCCAUUCCCUCAAGCAAGAGUUUCGAGACUUCUUCUUCAAUGCCUCAAUAUGCUCCGAGCCUUUUGCACCCGCAACAUCGAGAGGACCCCUUGCCGCCCCCAAACAACUACAAGAGGCAAUAUGCGUAUGUCUAG